GCGAUAACCGGUGCAGUGGAGUACAGAGUACCAGUGUCACAGUCAUCAUUGGAUAAAAGAGACCAUUUCACGUUGUUGUUGAUGCUGUAACUCGUCUCUUCUUGAGAUAAUUGUCUACAACGUAACCUCAGGUCAUUGCGCCUUUUCUAUCCGCAUCUUAUCUUGUUUCGCCAAACUUUCUUUCCCCUCUUGCCCCGCUCUCUUCUAUCCUCUAGGAUUGCAACCAAGGUUGGCAUCAAGCCCCCAUCAUGGCCAAUCAAAAGCAUGUGGUCUUCGACGUCGUCGGCACCUGCGUGUCAUUCAAUGCCUUCUACAACGGCAUUGACCGUGUCAUUGGCGAGAAGCUAGCCGCCAAGCACAUCACAGCCAAUGCAUUCGGCUACACUUGGAUGACGGCAGCCGAGCUGGAGUUCACCUUUCUCUCCGUCUCUGAGCGCCAUCGUCCCUACAAGGAAGUCUUGCGCACCUUGUUCUACCGCACGCUGUUCAUGGUUGGCGUUGCGGCACCACGGGAACUCGUCACAGACGCAGAAAGGGAUGCUUGUGUCCAGGCAUAUUCGGACCUCGAGUUGCGACCGGGAGCAAAAGAGUGUUUUGCAAUAUUAAGAGACGCCGGCUUCACAGUGUGGUGUUUGACAACAGGCGACACCAAGCGUGUGGGCGGAUACUUUGAGCGCGCUGGCGUUGACAUGCCGCUGGAGAACCUCAUCAGCUGCGAUGGACAGGGCGUGGCCAAGCCAGCGUUGGCUGCAUACAAGCCAACCCUAGCUCGAUUCGCACCGGAUGAUAUCAAGUGGUUUGCUGCUGCUCACAUGUGGGACGUGUCUGCUGCAGUCAAGGUUGGCUUCCGGGGCGCUUAUUGCACCAUAUAUGAACAGGAUCCCUGCGCUGAGAUCUUCGACGCCCAGAUGGAGGUUAUGGCUGAUACACUACCAGAGAUGGCAAAGGGGAUUGUACAAGCAUCGCUUUAGUUCUUGUCUGUUUUACAUAAGCUCCAUCAACCUUAUUUUAAUAUAAAUCGCUUGCAGUGCCUAGUUUCC